AUGGUGGUCGUCCGAUUGCUUGGGGAGGCGUCCCUCAUUGUGCGAGCGUAUAGGCAAUGUUGGGUGGCGGUGCUCGAGGCAAACGACAUUUUUGAGUCCGUCGAGCGCCGUGUCAGGAGUGGCCUACGUGUGGCGCUGGCGAUCGGCAAGGUAUACCUCAACUGUGCUGUGGCGCUUCUCGGCAUCUCCAAUAUCUACACCGCCUGGUUCAUCGCAUGGCUGUGGUCCCCGACCGAGGAGUUUUCAGUGUAGCUGGGCGGGAAGAGAUCUCUGGACGGGCUGCACGGCCGCGCACUACUCAUCGAUGUGGUCAUCCCAUGGCUGCUCUGCAUCUUAUUGUCGGCCUGCUUGGUCGUAGUGGGCCUUCAAAUCUGGAGUGAGCUGACGCAUGUGCUGCUGCGGAUCAUCGACGGCAGGGUGGGGUAUCUGUUGCGAGUGCUGUACGUCAUCGAGGAGGGCGGCUGCUGGGACCGGUGUGUGUCGCUCAUCCACUACCUCAAGAACAGCAGCCGCCUCCUCCCCUCUCUGCCCAUCAUCAUCACGGCAUACGACCUGCAGCAGGUGGGCAGCCGGGCGGUGUUCAGCUCGCGACCGCAGGCGGUCCGUCAGUACUCGCUAUUUAGCCACCGUCUCUCUGUCGCCUUUGCCAACGGCCGGCGUGUGGGUCUCAUCUCUGUCAACGGCCGAGACUAUCUAGGCGGCUCAGCAGACAGCAAUGCGCUGACGUACGUCAGCAUCGAUUUGAGUGAUCCCGACCCGCCGACCAGACGUGAGCAGAGCAGCCGGGAGAGCGAACACACACAUGGGAGGGAUAGCGGAGAGAGGUGGAUGUGUGAGUCGUUUGUUACCUGUCUGCUGUCUGUCUGUAGGUGGCAAGAACGUAUUCUCUUCGUUCACGGACACCAUCGCCUUCCUGGUCGAUGUGUACAACGAGAUGGACCCCCGGCUGCGCCCCCACUUCACCCACCCAAGUCGGCUCAUCACUCCACCUCCCACCCAGUACCAGCUCACGGAGGACAUCUUUCGGCACACAAGGGGCCAGUGGAACGGCUGCCGCAAAGCGGCCUACUGGUGGGUCGACAACGCAAAUGUGCUGCGGCAUUGGGGGAUCUUCAUUCUGUUUGGGGACAAGGCGGCUGACGAGUUUCUUGUCUGCAUCGACUCGGACCUGUGGAUCUGCUCAACAGAGCCCCCUGUGGCUUCGGGGCGCCGCCCAGAUGAGCGGUACCCUCGCACAGCCGCACGCAUCCGCGAGAAGGUGGUGGCCGCAUAG